CAGUAGUAAGCAGUCAGUUAACCGUCUCUGAAUUACAUCCAGUAGCCUGAGAGGAAAAACACUCCAGCAAUGAAAGGUUUCAUCGUAGGCAGCCUCUGGCUAGCUCUGACGACGAGCGUUGCCCUCGGUUCACCCAUCGGCAGCUGCUCCACGUUCUCCGGCUCGGGCUCGAUAACCUUUCUGCGGGACGACAGGAACUGCUCCGUGUUCUACGAGUGCGUCUCCACCGAGCCCACCAUGGUGGUGUGCCCCAGCGGGCUGCACUUCAACGCGGUGCUCAAGGUGUGCGACUGGCCGGCAGCCGCGGGCUGCUCCGUCGGCACGCCGCCCGAAUCCGAGGCGGACAAGCCAGCGCCGCCCGGCGCCCAGACCGUCAUCUUCACGCGCGAGCCCUCCAGCACGGCGCCCGCGCCGGCCGACGUCAUUCCAGUGAAGCCGCAAGAAAGCACGGAGUGCCCCGCGGUCGGCGGCUGUCCCAAGUACAACGGCGACGACACUCUGGUGAUCCAACUGCCGCACGCAUUCAACUGCAGCCGCUUCUGCAUGUGCGACCACGGGAAGCCGGUCACGUUCGAAUGCCCCAGCGGGCUGCAGUACAACAAGGCAGAAGGCAUCUGCGACUGGCCCGUCAGCGCCAAGUGCGUGCCCGACAGAGGAUUCGCUGGUAUGUGGUCUCCGCCGGAGCCACAUGUUCCCGCCGAGUCGUCUAGGCAACGACGCUCCUGGAACCUCAUCCGCUUCCCCUAGUCGCCAACAACACCCCAGCUAGGCGUACAUGUUAUAACGACCCUGCAGCAACUCGUAAUUAUUCUGAUAUUACCUUUCAACUCCAUGUUACCACAAACCUCGCUACUCUACGGUGCAUUCGAUAUCAUUAAACAUUAAUGUAACACAAAAAGUGACAUGUUACAACGCGAUAAUCUUAUCUUGCAUAAGUCACUCAGACCUGUCCAUACAAACAUGAUCGAUCACUCUCACAAAUACACUCAUGCAUACAUUCAUUACAGACUGAUCUAGAAGAUAAUUGGUAGUAUGUAGAAUGGUUAAGGAACUAGUGCUUCUUAAAACUAUCCCGUGUAAACUUAAUAAAUGGCAUUAUAAGGCUAAAA